CUUCUCCGGACUCCGGAUUCAGGUCGUUCAGAACAACAGCAAUACAACAUGUCUUUCCGGGGCCGUGGUACGGGCGCCAACCGUGGCGGUAGCUUUGGUGGUCGUGGUGGUCGCGGAGGUUUCCAGCAGCCUGUCGGACCCCCGGCGCAGGUUUUGGAGAUGGGAACUGUCAUGCACGCUUGCGAAGGCGAGAUGGUCUGCGAAUCGAUCAACCCCAAGAUUCCUUACUUCAACGCUCCUAUCUACCUUGAGAACAAGACCCCCAUUGGUAAGGUCGAUGAGGUUCUCGGUCCCAUCAACCAGGUCUACUUCACCGUCAAGCCCCAGGAAGGUAUUGUCGCGACUUCCUUCAAGGCUGGUGACAAGGUCUACAUUGGUGGAGACAAGCUCCUUCCCUUGGAGAAAGGCCGUGGUGGUCCUCGCGGCGGUGGUCGCGGUGGUUUCUCCAGAGGUGGUGGUGGUGGUGGUUUCUCCCGUGGCGGGGGUGGUGGCCGCGGUGGCUUCUCCAGAGGCGGCGGCGGUGGUUUCUCCAGGGGUGGUGGAGAGGCUAACUAUCGCAAUUUGAGCAUGUCUCGUAGGACAUCCACCAUGCCAUCAAAUACGUCUCAGAACAGCAGUGUCCCACCUGCGGGUGAUGGAGGACAGGAAAAGCAAAAGAUGCUCCUCUCAGCGGAGACGGGUCAUUUCAGCAUGGUCAGAGCUUUACAUCUCGCCGAUCUUGUGACUGAACUCAAUGGAUUCUGCGGAGUAAUGUCCGUUUUCUCAUCAAUGCGCUACUGUCUCGGUGAUCCCAGCGAUUACUCCGCUCUCUGGGCUGCUCUCACAUUUAUGCCUUUUGGACUUUUCUUCGACUUCAUGGAUGGCAAGAUUGCUCGGUGGAGAAAGAAGUCGUCUUUGAUGGGACAGGAGCUCGACUCCUUGGCAGAUUUGAUCUCCUUUGGCAUGGCUCCCGCUGCUGCUGCGUUCGCCAUCGGCAUCCGCACCCCGAUUGACCACCUCUUCCUUACGUUCUUCGUCCUCUGCGGCUUGACUCGUCUGGCGCGGUUCAACGUGACAGUUGCCGUUCUCCCCAAAGACAAAACCGGCAAGUCUAAGUACUUCGAGGGCACUCCCAUUCCGACGACCCUGUCGAUCGCAGCGUUCAUGGCCUACUGUGUCUCUCAAGACUGGGUCCAGGAUAACCUUCCAUUGGGCCUCGCAGCCGAGGGAACCGCAUUCGAAUUCCACCCGCUCGUGCUCCUGUUUGUGCUGCACGGCUGUUUGAUGGUCAGCAAAACGCUGCACAUCCCCAAGCCUUAAUCGAGGUUCACGUACAGAAAACAAAAAGCUCAACAGACGCAUGUCCUACCUGUCUGAGCCGAGGUUUCCAUUUCUGAUGAAGAUGUCUUAUUGAUUGAGCAUAUAUACCGAGGGAAAACCUACGUCAAAGUGGACAUCAACGUAUUUUUGGAGAUAGCGCCGUUGUUGAAGGAAAUCACAUUCUGCAUUCUGCAUUCCUUGUC